AUGACAGGGUCCAAACCAAGCUCUAGAGGUCGAGAUGCGGUGGAAGAGGACAACGAAGGCGAGCAUGUGGACAACUCUCGGGAGGGAGCCAUUACACCGAGAAAGUCUGGGCGAAAGAGGCGCAGGAGGGUGCGCAUUGGGGAAGAAGAGUCUCAAUCCGGUGAAGACGCACCAGAGCGUGAUUCGGGCGAUGGAGGAGAGACCACCGCGCGGGACUCUUCUUCCUGCCAUGAUGAGACAACCGGGCUGGGAGCUUCAACUGAUGAGGCUCAUGGUUUAAACAACGAUGACGAGGGACCGGACGGCCCAUACGACGCUGAGGACGAAGAUGCUCGCGACGUGGAGGAUGAUGAGGAGGCUACGAACGAGGAUGGUGACGAUGAAGAUUCAGACGAGGAUGCUAACGAUGAGUACGGGGAGGAGGUUGAUGACGAGGUACAGGAGGAGGAUGAACAGGAGGAGGAACAGGAGGAUGAACAGGAGGAGGAACAGGAGGAUGAACAGGAGGAGGAACAGGAGGAUGAACAGGAGGAGGAACAGGAGGAUGAACAGGAGGAGGAUCAGGAGGAGGAUGAACAGGAGGAGGAUGAACAGGAGGAGAAUGAACAAGAGGAGGAAGAUGAGGAGGAGCAGGAGGAGGAACAGGAGGAGGAACAUGAGGAGGAACAUGAGAAGGAACAUGUGGAGGAACGGGAGGAGGAACAGGAGACGGAACAGGAGAAUCAGGGGGGACGGGAGGAGGAACAGCAGGAGAGAGGCGAGCAUGAGACUGAGGCGGAACCUGGUAACAACGAUGCCGAGUGCGACAUGGAUCCCAACAGCCGUGAAGAAGAGGCUGUGGCUGAGGAAAGGGCCAGACAAAGGGGGCGGAUGUUGCCAAUUUCAAUGCUCGGCGGCAAGGUCGUAAUGGCAGACGGAAAAAAAUUGACGACGCACUCUGGAAAGGGUCCAGAGCAACCGAAAAAGAGAGAGAUGAAGCAUGCUGCUCGCGAGGAAAAGAAGGAGAGAGGUGCUGCGGCGGUUCAAGAGUUGGAUAAGGGUGCAGUUCGAGAGGGGGGGUUGGUGAAGAAGUCGGGUGGGGGUGUGUUGGCCUGGUUGGAUGACCCUAAUGUGUCUGUGUUCUGCAUGGACAAGGGUGAGGGUUCAAAGACCCUUCAUGUACCGGGCAGGGAGGUGGGAAACAAGUGCGGGAAGGGAGCAAGAACGGAAGGGAAGAACGAGAAGGGGGCUAUUGGCGGUAAGGGAACAUCUCAAAGACAAGAGGGAAGGGGGAUGGGCGGAGGGGGGACGGGCGGAGUCAAGGCAGGGGCGAUGGGCGGAGUCAUGGCAGAGGGGGUGGGAGGAGUCAAGGGAGAGGGGAUGGAUGGAAAGGCGGUCGCUGUGGGCAGAUGCAAGGCAGGGGGAAUGAGCGGAGGCAAGGCAGAGGGGCUGGGCGGAGGCAACGGCGGGGGAAUGGGCGGAGGCCAGGCAGGGGGGAUGGGGGCAGGACCAUCGGGAACAUGCACAGCACGUGACAGCACAUGGGUGGAAUUUGGGUCGUGCAAGGAAGGAGCUGCAGUGCUUUGCUCGGAGAGUCAACUAAAGCGAAUGAAGGGGGCGGCCUCUAAGACGGACCUGGUGGCAUUGGAAGCGCGAUUACUGACUGCUAUUAACAAGAAAUUUGGCGGUGGAGGCGAUGUGAUUGCGAUGAUGACCGAUCCCAAUGCAGAGGCCGGAGGGGAUGAUGCUCCUGCCUCUUCAUCGCUCACCAAUCCUGCCAAACCAGCACCGGCAAAAUCAGCUCCGGCCAGUCCGUUCGCCAUUGCUAAGGAUGUGGUUGCCAAAGGGGUCUCUGACUUCGAGGAUUUUGGCAUGUAUAACCCUAAAUCCUACAACAUUCCUCCCCCCUCCCCCCCCCUCCUCCUGCCUCCUCCCCCUCUGAAACCUUCUUCCCUCUGCCCACCCUUCACCCACUUACACCCCUCCUCAUCCACACACCACCCCUGUCCUUCCUAA